AUGAUUUCGACUCGUAGUAAUUUCAAGGACAGCGUGAUCUUGGUCGAUCCCACGAACGAGGUCAAUGCGGGAUUAUGGAGCCUGUUCGCCACGACCACCGUCUUCCUGGCCGCCCGCCUAUGGUGCAAGAUGACCCGAAGACAUGGGCUGUGGUGGGAUGAUUACAUUCUCAUUUUCUCCUGGGUCGUCGUACUUUUCAACGAUAUUUUGAUCUCCGUCGAGUUCGCGACCGGAUAUGUCACCAAGGGGGAAUGGGAUGAUCGCAUGCACAUACUGAUCAACAUCUCAUCCUGCGGGACCCUCGUCGGCCAGGCCAUAUCCAAGACAGCCUUUGCAGUGUCUCUGCUCCGAAUGACCGAGCGAUGGCAACAAUACAUUCUGUGGUUCAUCAUCGUCACAAUGAACUCGUACAUGUUUAUCAAAGUCCUUUUUCAGUGGGCCAGGCAAUGUGACGACACUGACUACGACGUGUGGUAUCGGCCGCACUAUUGCGUCGACUCUAAAUUCCUUGAUCACUUCAAGGAAGGUGGAAAUAUCUACAAUAUCUUGAUGGACUUUGUCCUGGCGCUCUUCCCUUGGGCCAUCACGAUGAAGUUGCGCAUGCGCAAGUAUGAGAAAAUUGGUCUUGCAUUGACCAUGAGCUUGGGAAUGUUCGUUGCCAUUAUGUCUGCUGUCAGAACGUGGUGGGUGGGACGGGAUGUCUAUGGGGACAAAGAUGCACUAUACUUCUGGAGGAGAAGUGUAUCUAUGAUAUGGUUUUCGGCCGAGAUUACUGGAACCAUCAUCGUCCAGUGUAUCCCUGUCUUGCGACCGUUCAUACAAGAGGUUCAUGCCGCGAUAUCUUCAAAAACAUUCGGCCAUUCAACAGACAACCCGAAGACCACUGUGUCGUUAAACAAACUCGAUCCCAGUUCAGGUACAUACUCGGUAACUGUGACGAGUGCUGCCCCUGAAAAGGCCGUGCAAAAGGGGUUAAACGUCGACACUUCGGGAGCGCGAGGCGACGUAUCUCAGGAAUUGGACUUCCAACCAAGGCCCCUUUCACGAGGUCCGUCGAAUGACUUCAACCUCCCUAUUCAGAAACCGCACACAUCGUGGAGCCCUGUCAACUCCUGA